UCUCCGAUCAAUCCAGUGCAACCCUUCCCUCCAUCCGUCUCCCAGAUCCCAGACUACCACAAUGGAUGUGGCCUCCCGGCACACAAUGAGGGUGCUUCGGUCCUCAAAUAACCGAAGCCUCAUCUCCAACUCUCGCCUUCCCGGCUCUGCUAUCACGACAUACCCUCUGAAUCGCAUUCUACGAAGAAACGCUUCCAGCACCUCUCGGAGGCUUGCGCCAGAGUCUUCGUUUCUGCCCCUGGGGUCCGGCUCGUCAUCCAGCGCACCGCCUACCUACUUUUCCAAUCGCACUUCCCUUCCUGUCAACACUGUCGUCCGCUUUGUCCCCCAACAGACAGCAUGGAUUGUCGAGCGAAUGGGCAAGUUCCAUAGGAUUCUAGAACCCGGUCUCGCGAUUUUGAUCCCCUUCCUUGACCGCAUCGCCUACGUCAAGAGCUUGAAGGAGUCCGCUAUUGAGAUACCCAGCCAAAAUGCCAUCACGGCCGACAAUGUCACCCUGGAAUUGGAUGGUGUGCUGUACACGAGGGUUUUCGAUGCCACGCAGUUUUCUGUCUUCAGUUACGGAGUGGAGGACGCCGAAUACGCCAUCUCCCAGCUUGCGCAGACGACCAUGCGUUCGGAAAUCGGCCAGCUUACCCUGGACCACGUACUGAAGGAGCGCGCCACGCUAAAUACCAACAUCACACAGGCCAUCAACGAGGCUGCGCGUGAUUGGGGUGUCGUGUGUCUGCGGUACGAGAUCAGGGACAUCCAUGCCCCCGAGGGAGUUGUUGCAGCCAUGCACCGCCAGGUGACGGCAGAGCGAUCGAAGCGGGCGGAGAUUCUCGAAUCCGAAGGUCAGCGACAGAGCGCGAUCAACAUUGCCGAAGGUCGGAAGCAGUCCGUCAUUCUGGCUUCGGAGGCCAUGCGGACCGAACAGAUUAACCGCGCUUCUGGUGAGGCCGAGGCCAUUCUGCUGAAGGCACAGGCUACCGCGAGAGGCAUCGACGCCGUGGCGAAGUCCAUCGAAGCUGGCCAGGAGAAUGCUCAUGGUGCUGUCAGCCUCAGCGUCGCCGAGAAAUACGUUGAUGCCUUCUCCAACCUUGCCAAGGAGGGUACUGCUGUGGUUGUUCCUGGCAACGUCGGGGAUAUGGGUGGUAUGAUUGCUAAUGCCAUGGCUGUUUACGGCAAAAUCAGUGAGGGCCAGGCCAAGGCCGUCGCAGCGAAGACCCUGGGAGUGCAGGAGCCCGCUCAGACGGAGACCUCUUCUACGACCAAGUCUGAGGCCCCGGAGUAUGACCAGGCUGAACUUGAGCAGGGCCAAAAGUCCCACGAUCCUGUUCAGGAUGUCCUUGAGGGGUUCGACCAGGUCAGCCAGCAGAAACACUAAUGAACAAAGCGGCUCCUGUGUUCUUUUAGCUUCUCCCUAGCCUUGUUGUUCUAUUAUGAUUGACCAUUCUCCCUUCGCGGUUGCCACUCUAAUCACCAACUCACGAAUUAUCUGGAUAACUUGCUGAUUAUCCAACCCGUCUUGUAUCUCUAUUGCCCUAUGUCUCCGUCAGGUACUGAUGCAUGAUGCUUCGGGAGUCUCCUCGAAUGAGGGCUAUGGCUACCGGGUAUCGGUGCGUGCAUCAGUCACGGUAGUUGGUGAAGGGGUGUUGGUAUUUGUCUGGAUCAUGUACAGUAGACAAAAGUGAAUUCAGGGGUGCAUUCUCUG